UCUUAUUAAUUGAAUUGUUCAUUACAAGAUCUGUUUCUGGAAGACUGGAUGUUCUAAUGGAGACCAAAGGUGGGAAGAAGAAGUCUAGUAGUAGGUCCUUAUUUUAUGAAGCUCCUUUAGGCUACAGCAUUGAAGACAUUCGACCUCACGGUGGAAUCAAGAAGUUCAGAUCUGCUGCCUACUCCAACGUAACUGUUAUUUCUUUUGUUCCUCCUCCCUUUUUUACACUUCUUGUUAUUUUGUUCUCUCCCCCGCGACAUUUACUUUCUUCCCGAGUAGAGAUGGCCUUCCCAGUCUCUGGAAUUGGAUUUGAAGGCUAUGAAAAGAGGCUUGAGAUCUCUUUCUUUGAGCCUGGAAUCUUUGCUGAUCCUGGAGGGAAGGGCCUUCGUUCUUUGACCAAAGCUCAGCUGGAUGAGAUCCUUACACCAGCUGAAUGCACUAUAGUUGCAUCACUAUCAAAUGCAGAUGUUGAUUCAUACAUCCUCUCUGAGUCCAGCCUUUUUGUCUACUCAUACAAAAUUAUCAUCAAAACUUGUGGCACCACAAAAUUGCUUCUCUCGAUCCCACCAAUCCUUGAGCUAGCUGGUUCCCGUGCCCUCUCUGUAAGAGCCGUAAGGUACACUCGUGGAAGCUUCACAUUUCCAGGAGCUCAGCCAUUUCCACAUCGUAACUUUUCGGAGGAAGUUGCGAUCCUCGAUGGUUAUUUUGGGAAGCUUGGUUCAGGUAGCCGAGCAUAUAUGAUGGGCAAUCUUGUCAAGUCACAGCAGUGGCACAUAUACUCUUCUUGCGCAGAAAUGCACGACCCUCAAAAUCCAGUUUAUACUCUUGAGAUGUGCAUGACUGGUUUGGACAAGAAGUUGGCAUCUGUCUUCUACAAAACUCAAUCAAGCUCAGCAGCUGAGAUGACUAAUAGGUCUGGUAUCGGGAACAUUCUUCCACAUUCUGAGAUCUCUGAUUUUGAGUUUGAUCCCUGUGGCUACUCCAUGAAUUCCAUUGAAGACGUUGCGAUCUCCACAAUUCAUGUUACCCCAGAAGAUGGUUUCAGCUAUGCGAGUUUUGAAGUAGCAGGCUACAAUUUGAAGACUAUGAAUCUUAAACAACUGAUAGGUAGAGUGUUGGCGUGUUUCCAACCAAGGGAGUUCUCUAUAGCUAUACAUGCUGAUAUCUUGAGCAAGAAGUUUGAGUGUGAUUACCCGCUGGAUGUUCCUGGAUUCGACGGUGGAGAGAGGAGCUAUCAACCUCUUGGAAUGGGUGGCUGCGUUGUUUAUCAGAGUUUUAUUGGGAAUGACAGUUCAGGUUCUCCCAGAUCAAUUCUCAAGUCCUCAUGGAAAGAGGAGGAAGAUGACCAGGAUGAGACUGUCGAAUACUAG